ACGAAGUAAAAUAUGGCAUCUUUGUUUUAGCCGCCAUUAUAUAUUUUUUUCUUUCAGAAAAUCAAUACAGAAUUAUCGCUAAAAAAAAUCUUCCUGUAUUUCUAUAAUCACAGAAUUUGUGUGUAAAAAUAUUGAUUAUUUGAAAAUUUAAAUAAUUUGCUAACAAAAUGUCGGAAAAGAAUGAUGGUAAUAAUAGUGAUGACAGUGUGGAAAUUAUUCCCAAUAAAGAUGAUGAUAUAUGUGAACUGGAACAUUUAAGAAAACUAUUCAUUGGUGGUUUAGCUCCCUAUACCGACGAAGAUAGUCUACGUAAUUUCUAUAGCCAGUGGGGCAAAGUGGUUGAUGUAGUUGUAAUGAAAGAUCAAAACACCAAAAGAUCGAGAGGUUUCGGUUUUAUAACAUACACCAAAGCAUAUAUGGUGGAUAAGGCUCAAGAUAAUCGUCCACAUGUUAUUGAUGGCAAAGCUGUUGAAGCUAAACGUGCUUUACCUCGUCCAGAACGUGAGGCUCAGGAGAAUAAAAGUGCCUCGGUUAAAAAAUUAUUUGUGGGUGGCCUGAAAGAUAAUCAUGAUGAAGCCUGUCUGGAGGAGUACUUUUCAGAAUUUGGAAAAGUUGUAUCGGUUAAAAUUCUUACUGAUAAAACUACGGGCAAACGUCGUGGCUUUGCUUUUAUCGAAUACGAUGAUUAUGAUGCCGUUGAUAAAGCUAUAUUGAAAAAAACUCAUUCCAUUAAAUAUGUGGUGGUGGAUGUAAAGAAAUCGAUUUAUAGCAAAGAAUUACAGAUGAAAAAGAAUCAACAGCAUAGUAGCGGCGGCAAUAAUACUAUGGGACAACAAGGCAAUAAAAUGCCACCGAAAGACAAUCUUAGAAAUAAUAUGCCUCCACAACAGCCGCCACAUCCACCUCCAUAUCACGAAGGGCCACCACCAAACUACAAUCAGUGGGGACCACCAGCCCCAGCUAUGCCUCCACCAAAUUAUGGUGGAUAUCCACAACCUCCACAGCAUCAACCACCACCCAAUUGGAAUUAUCCACCAGCUCCCAAUACUUGGAAUGCACCACCACAACCACCUGGAGUGCCCCAGCCUCCACCACCGGCCUGGAAUAACAAUCAGUGGGGUUGUCCACCACCAACAGGACCACCAGGUCCACCCGUACCUAUGCCACCACCAAAUCAAAUGCCUCCCCCCGGUACUCAACCACCACCAAACUGGCAACAACCGCCGGUAGUACCACCUGUGGUUGGACCACCCCCACCACAUCAUCCACAACAGCCACCAGUUCACCCUCAAGUACCGCCUCCCAAUUUUGGUACCGGCUAUCAGCAGAGUUAUAACGGCGGACCCACUAAACAUCAGAGUGGCAUGAAUUCAAAUCGCAUGAAUCCUUACAGUGCUCCGCCAAAUCCAAAUAAUUCAUAUAAUAAUGUACCACCUGCUCCUGGUUAUGGUGGAUAUAAUGCUGGACCACCAAAUGUUAAACCGCCAGUCAAUAACAACACCGGCCCUGGACCAGUUCCCAAUCCCAUGAGUAAUGGUGGAGGACCAUCAUCAAGUGGCAAAUAUCGACGCUAAAAUCUAAUGGAUAGCAAUCAAUAAUUUACAAAGUAAAAGGUAUGUGUGCUACAUGCUCAAAAAUAUUAGAAUUUAUAUAUUAAGUUUAAAUAAAAGCAAAAGAAAUAAAAUAUAUAAUAAAUAUAUUAAAUACAAGUUAUUACUAUAUAAAAAAUUAAAAUAGACAACAAAUACAAAUUAAGUACACCCCCAAGAAAGAAAAGGUAUUGCAUUAAAGUUUAUUUAAACAGUGUCUAAAAACUAAAUUAGAGUAAAAAGAAAUUAUUUUAAAAACUUUCAAAUAAAACAAACAAAUAAGCAGCUUUAGUUUAUUUAUAAAAUUAUAAUUAUGAAUUUAAUUAAAAAUCUAACAUUUAUAAUAGAAUAUAAUAAUAUCCCUUUAGGAACUUUUGAUUGAUCAUUUAUAAUGUUUAUAAAAAGUGGAAUUUUUUUCAAAGUUUUCUAAACAACUAAAAAUAAAUUUUUCUUGAGAGGAAUAACUGUUAAUAUAGAAAUUUAAGAGAGAUGCCUGUAGUAUAUUAUAUGCAAUCGUUUGUUUAAAAACUGAAAAUAAACUUUCCACUUAUUUUCAGAAGUUUGGUAGGGUCACUCACUUGUUUUUUUUUACAAUACAAUAACUUUCCAAAUAUUUUGAGAUAAUAUUAUUAUUUUCUCUUACAAUCAUUUUAAUUAUUACAAGUAAUUUUAAUUGUAUUGAGAAAUUACAAUUACUUAUAAUGUAAUUGACAUCCACCAAGCCUAUAAUGCUACUAAAAGAGUACAUUUAUUGCAUAAAUCAUAUCAAUUUUUAAGUACAAUUCCUUAUUACAUUCACUCACGAGCGAUUUUAAUAAGUUUUAUUAAAGGUGAAAACAAAAAUUCGCGAUUAAAAGAAGAAAACAAAUUGGUGA